AUGGCCGGCGGUAAGCCAGAUGUCACCGAGCUUGGGUAUGUGGCUUCCCCGUCUGCCAAACCGAGCUUUGGACGACGGGUGGCCGCCCACUACAAGCGCUGGUGGUGGGUUCAUGUCAUCGUCAUCAUUGCCGUCGUGCUGCUAAUCACUCUUCCCUUGACCUAUGUCGGCUAUCCUCGUAUCGCACAGGGAGACAUCAAUGAUUCCACUCUGGACAUCACGGAGAUGAUCAUCUCCAAUCCCACGCCCCAGGGGCUUACCCUCAACUUGACGCAGGCUCUUGGAUCGCACAGCAUUUUCAAGCCGACCAUCUAUGCCUUCGAGGCUGCCGUUACCGUUGUUGGUGCUGCGUCGUCGUUUGCACACUUGCAUGUCCCACAGACCAAGGCCAGAGACGGCACCCUGGUGCACGUCGACCAGCACCUAGACCUCAGUGACCCGGAUGCGUUUGCUGGUUUUUCCAAGGCGGUCAUGUUGAAUGAUGAGCUCAAGCUGAAUGUCUACGGCGAGCCAGACCUGAAGGAGGGCGGCUUGCCCAAGAUUGGUAUCAAGUACAACAAGACUGUUACUCUGAAGGCUCUUAACAAGCUCGAGGGAUUCGCCAUCCAGGAGAUGCACCUUUUAAAUGGUAAAUCAGGCGACGGCCCCAACAUGGGCGGAACCGUCUUCAUCCCCAACCCAUCUAUUAUGACCAUCGCCAUGGGCAAUGUCACCUUGGAUCUUGCCGUCAACGGGACCUCCAUCGGCACUUCUUACCUGGACGACCUGGUGAUCGUUCCUGGCGACAACCACCACCCCAUGACCUCCAAGAUCGAUCUGGGGGCCGUCAUCAAGUUCCUGAGCGCCUACCCUGACGGUCUCCCUGUCGCCAUCACUGGAAACCCGACCAACUCGAGCGUUUACAACGAGCAGCCUAUCCCGUACUUCAGCCAGGCACUGGCCUCCAACGAACUCAAUGUGAAGUUGGACCUUGCUAAGCUCAUGACGGACCAGUGA